AGUCACGUGAUCCACACAGGACCGCGGAGUGGAGUCCCCCCCUCUCCACACCUCAAUAAUAAUUUUGGAAGCGUGUGCGCGCGGUCCUCCUCAUCCUCCCGCAUCUUCCUCUCCUUCUUCUCCUCACCGGCUGCUGGAGGAGGGCGCCAAGUCGCUCUCUCACCGGGGCUCGCAUGCAUGUCCAAUCCGACCCCCUCCCCUUCUUCUCCGGAGCUGCCUUCCCGCGGAACUCUUCAUUUCUCCGGCUGCUCCUAGCGGCUCUGGACGUCUAGCUGUGCGUUUUUCACCCUUCUAAUCUAGUGGUGGAUUGGGGGUGGUGGUGGGUCGCUCCGUCCGUUUGGACCACUUGGACUAUAGAGGACCGCGAAGCAGUAGAGCUGCUUCCUCCUUUUUUGUUUGAUUUUUUUGGGGGGGUUGUUUUUAAUUUGUGGAUGAGCUGUUCGUGCUGCUGCGUGCCGCCAUGGAGCUGCUGCUGGUCUGCCUUUCCUUGUGGAUAUUGCAAUGCAACUCGGCCAAAGGGGACUCCAUCAUACACAUCGGGGCCAUAUUUGAGGAGAACGCCGUGAGGGACGAUGAGAUUUUUCAGCUGGCCAUCUCUGACCUGAGUCUGAAUGAUGACAUUCUGCAAAGCGAGAAGAUCACCCACUCUGUCAAACUCAUUGAGCCCAACAACCCCUUCCAAGCUGUGCAAGAAGCAUGCGAGUUGAUGAACCAAGGGAUCCUCGCGUUGGUCACCUCCACUGGCUGCGCGGCUGCCAGCGCCUUGCAAUCCCUGACGGAUGCCAUGCACAUCCCCCACCUGUUCAUCCAAAGGAACGGUGAUGGUGUUCCACGCACCGCCUGCCAGUUUAACCCCAGCCCAGACGGCGAGAGCUACACGUUAGCUGCGCGGCCGCCUGUCCGCAUCAACGACGUCCUGCUCACCCUCAUUUCAGAGCUGUACUGGCAGAAGUUCAUUGUCUUCUAUGAGAGUGACUAUGAUAUCCGGGGUUUGCAGACCUUCAUGGACCAGGCCUCUAGACUGGGGCUAGACGUGUCCCUGCAGAGGGUCGACCGCAAUGUAAGCCGGGUUUUCAACGAUCUCUUCAGCACGUUGCGCACUGAGGAGCUCAACCGCUACCGUGACACUCUGCGGCGGGCUGUGCUGCUCAUGAGCCCCCGAGGAGCGCAGGUUUUCAUCCACCAGGCUGUAGAGACCAACCUGGCAUCCAAGGACAGUCACUGGGUGUAUGCCAACGAGGAAGUGAGUGACGCUGAUAUCAUGGAGCUGGUUCACAGCUCCCUGGGCCGAAUGACCCUCAUUCGUCAGGUGUUCCCACUGUGGAGGGACACCAACGUCCGCUGCAUGAGGAACAAUCACCGCAUUUCCUCGCUGUUGUGUGACCCCCAGGAAGGCUAUCUGCAGUCCCUGGAGGUGUCCAAUCUCUACCUAUAUGACAGCGUUUUGAUGCUGGCCAACGCCUUCUACAGGAAACUGGAGGACAGAAAAUGGCAUAGCAUGGCCAGCCUCAACUGCAUGAGGAAGUCCACCAAGCCGUGGAAUGGGGGGUGGUCUAUGCUGGACACAAUACAAAAGGGGCGCAUCAGCGGCUUGACAGGACUGAUGGACUUCCGGGCAGAGGGCUCAAAUUCUCACGUGCAAUUUGAGAUUCUGGGAACCAGCUACAGCGAGACCUUUGGGAAGGAUGCGAAACGGUUGGCGUCAUGGGACUCUACCCGAGGUCUGAACGGAAGCUUAAAAGAGAACCGGAUUGAGAGUGGGAUGCAGGGGGUGACGCUCAAGAUCGUCACAUUACUGGAAGAACCUUUCGUGAUGGUGGCAGAGAACAUCCUAGGGCAGGCCAAGAGAUACAAGGGCUUUUCCAUUGAUGUCUUGGACGCCCUGGCUAAGAUCCUGGGUUUCAAAUAUGACAUCUACCAAGUUGAAGAUGGAAAAUACGGCUCGGCGCUCCCUAAUGGCUCCUGGAAUGGAAUGAUUGGAGAACUCAUUGGCAAGCGGGCAGACCUGGCUUUGUCGGCUAUCACCAUCACGCCAGAGCGCGAGCGUGUGGUGGACUUCAGUAAGCGCUACCUGGACUACUCAGUGGGCAUCCUGAUGCGCAAAUCGGAAGAAAAGAUUAACAUCUUCUCCCUUCUGGCACCCUUCGAUCUUGCCGUCUGGGCCUGCAUCGCCGCCGCCAUCCCGGUGGUGGGUGUUAUGAUCUUCCUCCUUAGGCGCAUCCAGGCUAUCCGAUGCCAGAACAACGCGGGCGGCCACCCGCAGCCCUCGCCUUCCACGUCGCUGCAGAGCGCCAUCUGGAUUGUCUACGGUGCUUUUGUCCAACAAGGCAGCGACUCCAUCCUGGGCUCGGUGGCCCUGCGUAUUGUGAUGGGCAGCUGGUGGCUAUUCACACUCAUUGUGUGCUCAUCCUACACGGCUAACCUGGCUGCCUACCUGACCGUGUCCCGCAUGGACAAUGCUGUACGAUCUUUCCAGGACCUGUCCAAGCAGGUGGACUUAGCGUAUGGGACGGUGAGAGACUCGGCUGUGUACGACUACUUCCAAGCCAAAGGCACCAACCCCCUGGAGCAGGACAGCACCUUCGCCGACCUCUGGAAAACCAUCAACAAAAACAACGGUUUCGAGCAUUCGGUCUCAGGCCCCUUUGAAGGCAUCAAGAAGGCAAAGCGAGAGUCCUACGCCUUUCUGUGGGACAUGGCGGUAGUGGAAUACGCCGCACUCACUGACGAUGACUGCACGCUGACAGUCGCCGGCAACAGCAUCAGCACUCGUGGCUACGGCGUGGCUCUGCAGCACGGCAGUCCUUACAGAGACCUCUUCUCUCAGAAGAUCCUUGAACUUCAGGAAAAGGGCGACCUGGACAUCUUAAAACAGAAGUGGUGGCCAAAGAAGGGCCGCUGUGACCUGCAGAGCCACGCCGAAGCCCAGACGGAGGGCCGAGCACUGCAUCUGCACAGUUUUGCCGGGGUCUUCUGUAUCCUGGCGGCCGGGCUGCUGCUGGCCCUGCUGGUGGCCGCACUGGAGACCUGGUGGAACAGCAACUACUGCCGCCGAAAGGAGCCCAAAGAGGACAAAGAGGUGAACCUGGAGCAGGUCCACCAGCGUUUAAACAGCCUCCUGGAUGAAGACCUGGCCCACAAGCAGCUGCCGGGCCAGUCCAUUGAGAUUUCAGCCCUAGACAUUGGCAGCAUGCAGCCCAGCCAGUCCCUGGAGGUCUUGUCGGCAAGGGAGUACCCCGCCCACCGGGGGCCGCCACCGCCACUCUCGGUGAGCACCUUUCUCCGCGAGGGUCACGGGACUGGGAGGACACUCGGCGCGGUGGGCGGCCGGACCCUGCCACUGCCCCUCAGCAGCGCCACCAUGCCGUCCAUCCGCUGCAAACACAGGGCGCCCAACGGGGGGCUCUUCCGCCAGAGCCCGGUCAAGACGCCAAUGCCAAUGUCCUACCAGCCGGUGCCGGGGGUGGCCAUCCCAGAGGGGGAAGCCAGCCACGGGACCUCCAUCUGAGCUCGAAGUCAAUCACAUAAACAGUGCCAAUGUCAUGGAGAGAUAUAAAUAGAAUACAAAGAAAACAAAACAACAUUUAAAAAAAACACAUUUUUACGACAAAUGGGGGGGCGACGCAGGAGAAGACAGAAGAGACUCUAAUGUACAUAUUUGUAACUAUAGAGAGAGAAAAGCGACAUAACAAAGUGUAUUUUGAAUAUUCUCAAGAGUUGAGUUUAAAAAAAAAAACUAAACGUAUUUGGGAAAAAAUGACUGUUUGAAUGGCUUUGUAAAUUUUUGUUCUCAACAAAUAAAGGUGGCAAUUCUUUGUGGUUGUUUUCUAAGUGCCAAGUUACACUAUGUUUUCUUUCAGAUAACUGAAUGUACUGUGAGAAAUCAUGAUCAACAAAGACAUUUCGCACCGGAAAAAAAGAAGACAUUUCAAUGACUGAAUUGUUUCCUAUGAAAAUAAUAAAAUGGUAUCAUACAAAAAAAUGAACCGUGA